AUGGAAGGAGAGAAUUGCUCCUCCUUGACUGAAUUCAUUUUCUUGGAAAUUACUGAUAACACUGAGAACAAAGUGAUCCUAUUUACAAUGUUUCUCCUUGUUUAUCUCAUCAAUCUUCUGGCAAAUCUGGGAAUGAUCACCCUGAUUAGGAUGGAUCCCCAGCUGCACACACCCAUGUACUUUUUCCUCAGCCACCUCUCCUUCUGUGACCUCUGCUAUUCCACAGCCAUUGGCCCUAAGAUGCUGGUGGACCUAUUUGCCAAGGACAAGUCAAUCUCUUUCUGUGGCUGCGCUCUGCAAUUCUUGGUCUUCUGUAUCUUUGCCGAUUCUGAGUGUCUCCUGCUGGCAGUGAUGGCCUAUGACCGGUACAAGGCCAUCAGCAGCCCCUUGCUAUACGCAGUCAGCAUGUCCAGCAGGGUGCGCUCCCUGCUCGUGGCUGGGGUUUACCUGGUGGCAAUGGCAGAUGCUCUGAUACACACGACAUUAGCAUUCCGUUUAUGUUUCUGUGGGUCAAAUGUGAUUAACCAUUUCUUCUGUGAUUUACCUCCACUUUUCCUCCUUUCCUGCUCUGAUAUACAGGUCAAUGAGUUGGUGGUGUUUAUUGUUUUCGGUUUCAUUGAGCUGAGUACAAUUUCAGGAGUCCUUGUCUCUUACUGUUAUAUCAUCCUUUCAGUCUUGAAAAUCCACUCUGUUGAGGGGAGGUUCAAAGCUUUCUCCACCUGCAUCUCCCAUCUAACUGCUGUGGCCAUUUUCCAGGGAACCCUGCUCUUCAUGUAUUUCAGGCCGAGUUCAUCCUACUCUCUAGAUCAAGACAAAAUGGCCUCAUUGUUUUACACCCUUGUGAUUCCCAUGUUAAACCCUCUGAUUUACAGCCUAAGGAACAAGGAUGUAAAACAGGUCCUGGAAAAAUUGAAACAUAAAUGGUUUUAG